AUGAAACCCCCAAUCCCCCCUACGGCCCACAGGGAGAUGAAACCCCAAAUCCCCCCUAAGGCCCACAGGGAGAUGAAACCCCCAAUCCCCCCUACGGCCCACAGGGAGAUGAAACCCCCAGAACCUCCUGCGGCCCACAGGGAGAUGAAACCCCCAAUCCCUCCUACGGCCCACAGGGAGAUGAAACCCCCAAUCCCCCCUACGGCCCACAGGGAGAUGAAACCCCCAAUCCCCCCUGCGGCCCACAGGGAGAUGAAACCCCCAAUCCCUCCUGCGGCCCACAGGGAGAUGAAACCCCCAAUCCCCCCUACGGCCCACAGGGAGAUGAAACCCCCAAUCCCCCCUGCGGCCCACAGGGAGAUGAAACCCCCAAUCCCCCCUGCGGCCCACAGGGAGAUGAAACCCCCAAUCCCUCCUACGGCCCACAGGGAGAUGAAACCCCCAAUCCCCCCUAAGGCCCACAGGGAGAUGAAACCCCCAAUCCCCCCUACGGCCCACAGGGAGAUGAAACCCCCAAUCCCUCCUACGGCCCACAGGGAGAUGAAACCCCCAAUCCCUCCUGCGGCCCACAGGGAGAUGAAACCCCCAAUCCCCCCUACGGCCCACAGGGAGAUGAAACCCCCAAUCCCCCCUACGGCCCACAGGGAGAUGAAACCCCAAAUCCUCCCUGCGGCCCACAAGAAGAUGAAUUCCCCAAUCCCUCCUGCGGCCCACAGGGAGAUGAAACCCCCAAUCCCCCCUACGGCCCACAGGGAGAUGAAACCCCCAAUCCCCCCUGCGGCCCACAGGGAGAUGAAACCCCCAAUCCCUCCUACGGCCCACAGGGAGAUGAAACCACCAAUCCCCCUGCGGCCCACAGGGAGAUGA